GCGACAUGCCGCCGUACCACUACCGUCUCGAACACUAUUCCAUUCUCGAACCUAACUCAUGCAGAAAGGCUUUCUGGACGGCGUGCUCGCGUACAUUAUCUUUGGCCUGUACCCGUUGUACUGGAAACUGCUCGCCGAUGUUCCGUCCAUGCAAGUCCUCGCGCACCGCAUCGUGUGGUCGAUCCCUCUGGUGGUUGUGGUGAUUGCCGUCACAGGUCAAUCGGCCGCGUUGCUCGAAGGCGCUCGACAUUGGCGGCACCUCGGGAUUUACACCGUGUCUGGCUUGUUGAUGGGCACCAACUUGUUUGUGUCGGUAUGGGCCGUGAACGCCGGGUUCAUCGUCGAAAUGAGCUUGGGCUACUUCAUCAAUCCCGUCGUGAGUGUGCUGUUGGGCGUGAUCUUUCUCCACGAGAAGCUUCGGUUGUUCCAGUGGCUGUCAGUGGCGUUAGCUGUGAUCGGGGUGGGGGUUGUCACGUUUGGCUAUGGCAAGUUCCCGUACAUUGCGUUCACGAUUGCGUUUGCGUUUGGGUUUUACGGCCUCGUUCAAAAGAAGGCGCCGCUCAGCCCCGUGCAAGGCGUGACCAUCGAAAUGUCCAUCCUGGCCAUCCCGAGCUUGAUCUAUUUGUUCGUGUGCGAAGCACAGGGCGACGGAGCGUUUGGCCGAUCGCGCGCGGCGCUCAACUGGCUCAUGGUUGGGUGCGGCGCCAUGACCGUGGUGCCGCAGCUGCUCUUUUGCUCGGCCGUGCAGAGCAUCCCGCUGUCGUUCUUUGGGAUUCUGCAGUUCAUCGGACCCACCAUGAACAUUAUCAUUGGUGUGUGGGUGUAUGGCGAAGACUUUAGUGGCGCAACGAUGAUUGGGUUCAUCCUCGUGUGGGUGGCGCUCGUGGUUUUCACAGCCGAGAGCUUUAUCGUCAAGAAACCAACCGAAGUCACUUGCAACUACAGCGACGACGACGACGACUCAGUCAUCAUUUGGUUGGCUUGAGACGAUGUAGAGAUCGUUUGUCUAACUUAUGAGACGAUGUAGAGGUCGUUUUUCUAACUUAUAAUUAUUUAGACGAUGUCGAUCGAUCGUCUUAUUUGAAGCAGG